ACUCUUAGUUGUAGCAUAGAUAUUGAGUUUUUAGCUAUGCAACUAAACCUCUCGUAUAAUAAAAGAGCACAGAAAGAAGAAAAUUGACCCGCAAUAGGAUUGUUCCAUCUUCUACAACUACAAUCCAUAUAUAAGCAAGAGUCGAUCCGCAAUACGAAAUUGAGAUAGGGCUUUGAUUCCUCGUAUCUUUUUGUGUCGUACGAGAUUGAAUGGAGAUGCUUAGAAAGAUGGCGUACAGUACCAAAGUGGACCUGAGGAAACUCCGGCCCAUGAUUCUGAAGAGAAUCGAGAAACGGGCACAGGCUUACCCGGUUCGGGCCAUGGUUCCGGUUGCUAAGGAGGUCCUUCUUGCCAGGAAUGUUCUCAUCAAUGGCGUUUCCACCCUCCUUAACUACGUUCCUCUCAUGGCUUGCAAAUUCUGUCCAGAGAUAUAUAUUGGUGAGCAGGGGCAUUUAAUUCAGACUUGCUGGGGUUACAAGCAUCGUGCCAAGAACCGGGUUCAUGAGUGGGUCAAAGGUGGUUUAAAUGACAUUCUUGUUCCUGUUGAAACUUUUCACCUGAACAACAUGUUCCAAACUGUUAUCACACACAACCAAAGGUUUGACUUUGAUCGAAUCCCUGCUGUUGUUGAGCUAUGCUGGCAAGCAGGGGCUGAUCCCCAUGAUGAAAACCUUAAUUCAACUAGUUCGAACUUGGAGGCUGCCAAUGGAAAUGUCCCCGAAACCAAGUCUUUGUCACCUAAUGAUCUUACCUCUAUAGCGAAUAAAACAGUCACUGCUUGGGAGACUCUUAGGUCUGGGGUGGAGAAGUUGUUGCUGGUUUAUCCAGUAAAAGUUUGUAAAUAUUGUUCUGAGGUUCAUGUUGGGCCAUCUGGCAAUAAAGCUAGGCUUUGUGGGGUGUUCAAGUACGAGAGCUGGAAAGGAACUCACUUUUGGAUGAAAGCAAAUGUAGAUAAUUUAGUGCCCCCAAAGAUUGUAUGGAGUCAAAGGCCUCAAGAUCCUCCUAUACUUGUGAAUGAAGGGAAAGCAUUCUACGGGCGAAUUCCGGCUGUAUUGGAUCUGUGCACAAAAGCUGGUGUUGCUGUGCCUGCAAAGUAUAAUUGUAUGAUGAAAGUAAAAGGUUUGUCUGGUCCUGCCAAUCAUAGAUUUGGCAGAAGCAUUAUAGAAUCAGACUUGUCAAAGCAACCGUGAGUUGACUUGCAGAUCUAAUUGAAAUCAGGCACCCAAUCAGGGACAGUUUGGGGGAAAAAAUUGAGAUGUCAUUACUCUCAAUUGCAAUUUCCUGCAUCAGUUUAAGGUUGGCUGCCAUAUCUGAUUAUGGAUCCAUGUGCCUGUUCUGUUGCGUACAGCAAGAAAUUUGGUUCCCAUAUCUCAUAUCUGCCAAAAUAUUUCUGCUGAGGAAAUCAAAACCUCUACAUAUAUGUGGCUGGGUUUAAUGGACCUGCUCCUCAGGUUGGAAGAAGGUAAUUAGAUAUUCUACUUCUCAAUCGGAGAUCCUAUUAUUUUUCCGUUUUGAUUAAUUUUGUUCCUUGAGGAAUCAUGAAUCCAUAAUUGCUGGAAAUAUUAACACGGGAGAUACUGCAUUCUUGGUGGUAAAUGUAAUUGUUCAUUUAUGUCAAAAAUAUCUCAUGAAUGGAAGGAUUGCUUUCU